AUGCGCCGCUCCCUGCAGCACCGCGGACAGCGGCAGCGCCGCCUCCAGCACCGCGGGCAGCGCCCGGAUCCGCUGCGCUCCGCUCCGCACCGCGCGGCUCUCCGGGCUCCGCUCCGCGUCCGGCGCCGCCCCUUGGAGCUGUGCUCGGCGCGGUCCCGUUCAGCACGGCUCGGCCCGGCUCGGCUCUCUGCGGCCGCUCCCUGGAGCAGCGCCCGGCUCCUCGCCGCUGCCGUGCCCGCCCUGCCCGCGGCGCUCCCCGGCCCCCGGGGAGGGGGAGGAGGCGGUCCGGCCCGGGAGCCGGGAAGGCCGUGGGAUCGCCCCUCGGCUCGGGCAGCUCCCGCACGACCGCCGGUCCCUCUCUCGUCCUUUUCCCACCUCCGCCGGCGGUUAAAUUGCGCCCUGCCCCGCAGAGCCCGGGGCUCCCAGCCCGAGGGCACGGCCGUCUCUCACCCUCGUACCGGGAAACGCUGCUCUUCUUCCCCGCCCUCGCCGCGGGAGCUGCCCGAGGGUUUGAACAAGGAAGCCGCAGAAAAGCAGAGCUGUGCACCAUCUCAGCAUCCUCUCACACUCCCGGUUCGGCACACAGCUCACACUGUGCUCCCGGCUGAUGCUGUGGGGUGGAGCAGGAGGAUGGGGGUACGGCCAGGAUGGGGUUGGCUCCUUCUCCCAGUUUGCCAGGCUCUGGUUGUCCCCAAGGAGGUGAGCGGCCAGGAGGGUGAGACGCUUUCCCUGCGCUGUUGGUAUGCGAGGGGCUACGAGGGCUACAACAAGUACUGGUGCCGCGGGGCUGCACGGGGCUCCUGCCGCAAAGUGGUGGAGACCGCGGGGCGAGAAGUGCCGCGCCGGCACGGCCGCAUCUCCAUCACGGACAACCACAUCUUCUGCGUGGUGCUGCUCACCGUGGAGGAGCUCUCCAUGGAGGACGCUGGGAGCUACUGGUGCGGGGUGGAGCGGGCAGGCAGGGACAUCAUGGAGCCGGUCACCGUGAGGGUGAGACCAGCUCCCAGCCCUGAGCCCUCCAACACCACAACGGAAUUCCCCCACACCGCGAACAUCACUGCUGCGGGUGCGGGGCUGCAGAAGGGAAACACCAGCCUUCAGAAGGGUCAGGAACAGCCCCCCUCCUCUCCUCCCAGCCUCUCCGGGCCAGCCCUGCAAGUCCUGCUGCCCACCAUGCUGCUGCUGUUCCUCCUGGCUGUGACUGGCUCUGCUGGGCUCAUCCAUGCCCUGUGGAGGAGGAGGAGAAGAAGGGAAGCCCUACAGAAACCCCUGGGAUUGGUGGGAAGCUCCCAGCUGUGCUCACCGGCAAUGCAGGCACAGCAGCACCAUCAGGUAAGUGCACGACCACCCCCUGGAGCCACAGCCCCCCAAACGUCCCCUGUAGCUCCAGGCUGCUGCGGCUGCACAGGAGCAGGGCUGAAAGCGGUGGGGACAUGAGUGGGGCCGUGACCCGCACUGCAGCC